AUGCCAUCUCUACUCAAUGAUUCUUUUUCGCUGACUGUUUCCAGAUCAAUAUUUGCCAAGCGCCCAAUCAAGGUCGUUGUUGGCAGCGAAGAGCGGGUGUAUUAUGUUCACCAUGGCGCACUGGAAGCUCACCCCGCAUUUGAGGCUCAAUUGAAGGAAGCGACCGAUGAUUACAUGUAUCAUGUUAAUUGGAGUGCCUAUGAUGAGCAGACAGUGGAAUGUGCUCUGGGCUUCUUAUAUACCGGCGGGUAUGAAGCCCCCGAGGCGACAUCUGAGGUCGAAGUUGUUGAGGAGGCUGAAGCCGAAGCGGGGGAAGAGGCCCCAGCCGAGGAGGAAGUCGAGGAAGCAGAGGAAGUUGAGGAAGUACCAACUACACCAGGCUCGGAGACAUCUGAUAGCCCAGCCUUAUCAGAGAGCGACCUAAACGAACGACCCCUGACUCCCCUAGGACUCUGCUGUGGUGUCAAUCUCCCCGAGUAUGCAGCUGCGAAGACUCCCGAGACCGAGAAGGAAGAAGAUGAGCCAGCGGCAGAGCCCAAAGAAUCUUCCGCGAGCGAAAUCUACCUCCACACCAAGGUAUACUGGUUCGCGCAUCAACUCGAGUUUGCGAACUUGAAGCAGUACUCUCUGAACCGUCUCGCAAAGGUGCUGGUCGAUCUAGAGCAAACAGAAAAAGAUCUCUUCCCGUACCUGGCCGAUGGAAUCCGACUGAUCUACAGCACCACCGAAGCGACCGACGAUGCCAGAUACCUGCUUUCUCAAUUCGUGGCUUUCAAAUACGCGACUCUUGUUGGCGAGGACUUUGAUCAACUCACGUCCGAGGGUGGUGAAUUCAUGGUUGAUGUGUCCCAUAAGCUUGCUCGCAAGCUUAUCUCACUGUCUCAUAUUUUCCAAGAGAAGUUCGAAGAGCUUGAACGGAGAAACGAGGAGCUGGAGGCGGAAAGUGCCGUAAAGGACAAACAGCUGGAGACUCUCAAAGAGGAGGUGAAACAGUAUGAAGACCGGGGAAAGACUGACUCUUCGCAGAAGUACCCGGCCUUCACAUAUCAGAUCUGA